AAGGAGAUGGACGAAUAUGGAAAAAAAAGUCCAUGCUUCUGUUUUGUUUUCAAAAUAAUUGUGUUAAUUUAAAGUAUUAUUCUAAUUAUUCCUUAAAUUUAAUUUUUAGUAUAAAUAUUGUAUGCAUGUACAAAUAAUAACUAAGUAUUAUUUAGAUUUGUUUUCUCUUCAUACUUAUAUACUUCAAUAGAAUGUUUUAAAUUAAUACUAAAUACAAUGUUUACAAUAAACACACAGAAAUAUCAACUGUAUGGUUUUAGUAAGUUCCUCCUAAACAGAAACACGGUAACAUCAGAAUUUAUAGAUCGUGUGCAAAUCUGUUUAUCCAAUGAAGAGGAUGUCUACAAACAUUAUUUCCAUAAAAUUAUGGUGCAUAAUUGGUCAGGGAGUCCAGAAAUGCUGUAUGACACUAUGAGUGAAUUCUAUGGCACAACUCUUAUACCAGUUAAUUAUACAUUGCAAGGUGACAUCAGUAGUUUUUAUUCAAGCAGUCUUAUGUUGAUACUAAAAAUAAUAAAUUCCAAUUUCAUGUUCCCAUCCGAAAGGAAUAUGUAUAAUAUUGAUAUACUUCUAAAUGACAAAACUUCUAAGCAAUGCUUCGAAGAGAGAGUGACUAUUGAAGACAUAGUUAAUGGUGUUGUGAGCAAACGUUUCAGUGAAAACCUCGAAUUGGAUUUAUCAAAUAUCUGUAAUGAUUUGGAAUUCAUCGAAAAGAAGAUUUAUUUUUACAAAAUUGGUUUGCUAAAUCACUUCAAAAUACUUAUGCUUAGAAUGGGGAGAGAUACAAAAAUAUUAAACCUAAGCAAUAAUAAUUUAAGUGAAAUACCACAUGAUAUUAUGAAUUUUUUUGUAAAAGGAGAUUUAGUUGGUAUUAAUUUAAGUUACAACAAUAUCAUGUCUCUUGUUAACUUGCACAGAUCUAGCAGUAAGUUAGAAAAGAUAUGGUUAGAAGGGAACCCAGUAUGCGAGGAUAUGGACCCAGAUGUCUAUGUAAGGCAACUUAUUGUCAAAUUUCCAAGAGUGACUGAAAUCGACGGAAUAAAACUAUGUGAACCCGGAUUCACGUUUCGUUUCUCCAGGAAUUACAUAGCAUCAAAUGAUAUGUACUGCAAAAUGGUUGUAGAGAAAUUUAUAACUUUGUACUAUUCGCAUUAUGACAAAAAACCGCGCAAAAUAAAAUCAUUCUACGACAAUGAUGCAGUAUUGACUAUAUCGACUUCCUUUGAUGGUACAGAGGAAUUAAAUUUAGAUCCCUGUUAUAAGACUAAUACACGAAAUGUAGCAAAUCCCGAUAAGAAGAAUUUAGUUAUGAACAAUAAAAAGUAUUACUACACUGUAAACUCUGUUUACAGUACAUUGAACAGCUUUCCUCUAACAGUUCAUGAUCUCAGCUCGUUUUGUAUCGAUGUACCUAUAUUCUCUUCAAGCCUUAUGAUGCUAGUUGUAGAUGGCAUUUAUAAAGAAAAACGCAACAGUUUGUCAGAUUCAGAAGAUCCAUAUGUAUAUUUUCAAUUUAGAAGAACUUUUAUAUUCUCAAGUGACACUAAUUGCGGAAACCAGAAGUUCACUAUUCUAAACGAUAUGUUCAGUAUAACUUACGCAACCGAGGAGAACAUAUCUAGAAGUUUUAAGAUACCAAUCAGAAAUAUGAAUAUAUUAGCCCUUAUAAACCCCGACCCCGAAGAUAUAAAAACAAUUGCCAAAGCAUUCUGUCAUAUAACACAACUCAAAAUGGAGGAGGCUAAAUUGCGCCUCAAAGCUAAUGACUGGGAUUUCUGCAAAAGCUUAAAACUCUUCAUGACUGAAUUGAGAGCUGAAAGGAUUUCCUUAGAUAAAUUCUUAAUGGACGAUGAUGAUUUUUCAGAUAUAUCUAAUCUAAGUGAUGUGGACUAAAUAAAAUAUUA